GAGUCCCGACCCGCUAGAAAUUAUACCACUCGCAUCAGCCUCCAAAAACUGUUUUUGCUCGAAAUCCUGCUUCGCUCUCCUUCUCCCAAAACCCUUGUUCCCUUUUCUACAUCGUCUCCUUCGCAGCUCGAUCCUAGUCUCCCGAGAUUCCACCAUGAGCAGAUCAGGCCAGCCUCCAGAUCUCAAGAAGUAUAUGGACAAGAAGCUCCAGAUCAAGAUGAAUGCGAAUAGGAUGGUGGUUGGCACGCUUCGUGGGUUCGACCAAUUCAUGAACUUGGUGGUAGACAACACUGUUGCAGUGAAUGGGGAGGAGCAAACCGACAUCGGGAUGGUGGUGAUUAGAGGAAAUAGCGUCGUCACUGUGGAAGCACUGGAGCCUGUUAACAGAGGAUAAUAUACUCACGAUUCUGUUAUGUGUGUUGAUAUCUACGGUGGAGACAUUUUAACUACCUUGUACUCGAGCAAAUGUGGUUGCUGUUAAGUUUUCAAAACCUUAACUUUAGGCUCUUAUGCGGCCACAGAUUGUAAACCAGUCAGUUAUAUCCUAGAGUGAGCACAAAUUCUGUUCCAUGAAAUUGCAAUCGGUCGUACCAGUUUAGAAUUGUGUACGACGUAACUGGUUUUAUGCCUAUGGUUUUCAUAAUCCCUUUCCAUGGGGUUUGUGCGUGUACCUCUUUCCAAAAUUUGUCUAUCAUAUGUCAUCAGCUGCAAACUUUGUACCAGGUACUAAAGGUCCUAUUUCUUUGAUGACAUAUCUCAAAACUCAGCAGUCCUUUAGGCAGAAGACUCCUCGUCUCCUCGACCUUUGAGUGACUCAACUAGAAAAAAAAGAUGGCUUCUCUCAUUCACCAACAUCUCCUCCCCUCUGUUUGUAUGAUACAUCUUCAAGCUCAACAGCAACGCUACCGCCACCAAGCAUAACCCGAGCUUCAACAACUUGUCACACAAGGCACUUCCCACCAAGUUGUUCGCUAAGAAACCUGCAAACAGUGUCAGAUCCAUUGUUAAAGAGUUUUCCAAGUUCGACUGCUGAAUAGGAAGGAGUGAGUCUCAGUCUACCAACUUACCCUUUGACAUCUCCUCUCCACACUCUGUUUCCCAAGUCAACCCGAGGCCAAAUUCGUCGUCAGCAAGGUAAGGGCUAUACCCAAACGGAAUUUUGACACUCUUCACUACUCUACAAAACUCCGGCAGUACUUCAAAAGAAGACCUCUCCCCUGCCUCCACCGUGUAGACAUGAUGCUCCUUCCCACUCAAACACGCCACUUCGUCGAACGAGCCCGUGGGGAGCCUGGCCGAGCAGUUCAAGUAAUCGAACUCCUUCACUGCAUAGGCGUACUGAAACGGGGUGAGGGACAAGUCGAGGUCGAGGAAGACGCCGUGCACGCACCUUCGUGGGUCCGAGAGGUCGAUUCUGUUUUCGUCGUAAGAGAUCGACUUGACGACCAAGUCGAGGUGGUGGUGGGGGAAGGUGAUGGUGGUGGUGGUGUUGUGUUUGCAGGAGAGGGUGAAGCCUGGCUUGCCGCAGCCGGGAGGGUGGUGGGCUGUGAGGUGGAAUGGGGUGUGGAUUUCAGGGGAUUGAGGGCUGCAUUUGAGAGGCGGGCAAGUGGGUUGGGAGGAGGAGUGUGAAGUGGGGAAGAAGGGAGAGGAGAUGGAGAAAUGGAAGAGGAGGAGAAAGAUUGGAGCUUUCAUAGUGAUUGGUUUGGAUGAAAAUGGAGAUAUGGGUUGUUGUUUUUCUUGGGUUGAUAUAGGCAGGGGAAACUGGAAAGGGAGAGGUGGGAAGAAGGAAGGAAGGGGUAUUAGUUUCUUUUUGAGUGGGGAAGCAAAGAAUAGGAAUUAGGAGGAAGAGUCUUCACUUUUCAGUUUUUAAGUAGUAAAAGGAAGGUUGAUGUAUUUAGAGAGAUUUUUCUUU